CGCAACAACAGCGCAGACUGGCGUCACACUCCACUCCAGCACCAGCAGGCGCCUGUCAUUUCUGCGCUCUUACCUGCUGACACACACACGCACACACACACACACACACAGUGAUUGAUUUAGAUAAGAGACAUUAGAGACAUGAAAAACAUGUUUGGCAGCUGCUGAUAGCCUGUGAGCUAAUGGUUUGCGGGACAGGAGGAGUCAUGCUCGGGUCAAAGUAGAAACGCCGUUUUGUGUUUCAUUUAUUUGGAAGGAAAGCAUGGCACAGAUGUUUUCCCGCUUGAACAUGUUGGGAAUCGGGUGGAGAGGCGUCAGAUUCAGCAGGAAAGUCACUAAUGCAGCUGUUUCUGCGCAGACGCAGCGCCGCUACAGCACAGAUGUGGAUGAGCAGAACCGCCACUUGUUUGGCCUUCUGUUUGACAUUGACGGAGUGCUGGUGCGAGGACGGACACCAAUCCCGGCUGCUAAACAGUGUUUUAGGAACCUGGUGGAUGGCGAUGGGAAAUACAAGGUUCCUGUGGUGUUUGUGACGAAUGCAGGCAAUGCUCUCCGUCAGACCAAAGCCGAGCAGCUGUCCCACCUUCUGGAGGUUGAGGUGUCGCCGGAGCAGGUGGUGCUGUCCCAUAGUCCUCUGCGGGUUUUCACUCAGUUCCAUGACAUGUGUGUUCUGGUGUCCGGACAGGGACCUGUGGUGGAAGUUGCACACAACGUAGGUUUCAAGAACGUGGUGACCAUCGACAUGCUGAGAGAGGCCUAUCCUCUGCUGGACGUGGUGGACCACCAUCGCAGACCCAAAGACACAAUUCCCCAAACUAAAGAUUUGCCACACAUAGACGCCGUCAUACUGUUCGGUGAGCCUAUCAGGUGGGAGACCAACCUGCAGCUCAUUGUGGAUGUGCUCUUGACUAAUGGGAGGCCCGGAAACCCGGUGACAUCACUGCAUUACCCACACAUCCCUGUGCUGGCCUGCAACAUGGACCUGCUGUGGAUGGCAGAAGCCAAAAACCCUCGAUUUGGUCACGGCAUGUUCCUGGUGUGUCUGGAGAGCAUCUAUAAGAAGAUAACAGGCUGCGAGCUGAAGUACGAGGCUCUGAUCGGAAAGCCCAGCGUGGUGACGUACAACUACGCAGAGCUGCUCAUUCGAGAACAGGCGGAAAAACUGGGCUGGACUCGACCCGUCCAGAGACUCUACGCCAUUGGUGACAACCCCAUGGCUGAUAUUUAUGGUGCAAACCUGUACAACCGAUACCUCAAAGCGAUGAACCGCAGUCGUACGCCGCAGGUCCAGGCGCAGGGUGGUGUAUCCGGUCAGAUGGCAGCAGAUCUGCACUGUGACGAUGCCAAAUGUUCAGGACAGGUGAUGGUGGGAGGCUCGUUUGAACACUGUCUGCCCGAAGCCUGCAGCUCCAUCCUGGUCUGCACUGGCGUCUACAACCGCGACAUGCCGACUGACCCUCAGGAGACGCUCACGGAGCACAGGAUCUUCCACGGACACCGAGACUUCCGCUUCGACCCAAGCCUGACCCAGCCGUCCUUCAUCGUUAAUGACGUUCGGGAUGGAGUGGAGCUGGUCUUCCAGCUGGAGGGUUGGCCCCUGGAGUAAACUAACUGCUGUAUGUGAACUCGCCCUCUAUAGACUGAUUUCACACAGCCGCCAUUUUAAAAGCGAAAUCGAGGCUGCGAUGGGGAGGAACCCGGAAGUAUCGCCUGGAGUCACACAGGAACAUUGUGUAGCUGGCUGUAUAUCACAUCAGCGAAGAGAAAGUGACACAAAUUUAUCAUUUCACCGCACUUCAAGUGACCCGAAGGUCCGUUCUGAAUGAAUA